AGCGGGGAGCGCAUAGCAACAGGGUCUAGGAUGAAGCACGUUCGGCAGCAGCAUCUUCGGAAGCCAGUGACACCAGAUCUCCUGGUAAGCCCCAGCAGCCAGGAUGGGGACCUGGGCUCCGAGUGCCCAGAGGACAGAGGGAACUGGACAGGGCGGCUGGAUUUCCUCCUCUCCUGCAUCGGAUACUGCGUGGGCCUUGGGAACGUCUGGAGGUUUCCCUACAGGGCUUACACCAAUGGAGGAGGAGCUUUCUUGGUUCCUUACUUCAUCAUGCUAGCCAUCUGUGGGAUCCCCAUCUUCUUCAUGGAGCUGUCACUUGGCCAGUUCUCCAGCCUAGGGCCACUCGCAGUCUGGAAGAUAAGCCCUCUCUUUAAAGGCGUUGGCAUGGGCACGAUCCUCAUCGUCUCCUUGGUGGCCAUUUACUACAAUAUGAUCAUUGCUUACGUUCUCUUCUACCUCUUUGCAUCCCUCACAAGCGACUUGCCCUGGCAGCACUGUGGCAACUGGUGGAACACCGAGCUGUGCCUGGACCACCACGUCAUCAAGGCGGGGAACAACACCCUCCCCGUCAACAUCAGCAACACCGUCAGCCCCAGCGAGGAGUACUGGAGCCGGUAUGUCCUGCACAUCCAAGGAAGCUCGGGGAUUGGGGAUCCUGGGAGAAUCCGCUGGAACUUGUGUCUGUGCCUGCUUCUUUCUUGGACCAUUGUUUAUCUGUGCAUCCUUAAGGGAGUCAAAUCCUCUGGCAAGGUCGUGUACUUCACUGCCACCUUCCCAUACCUCAUCCUGGUGAUGCUGCUCAUUCGUGGUGUGACCUUGGAGGGGGCCUGGAAGGGGAUCCAGUUUUACCUCACACCCCAGUUUGAUCACUUGCUGUCUUCCAAGGUGUGGAUCGAGGCAGCCCUGCAGAUUUUCUACUCCCUUGGGGUGGGCUUUGGGGGCCUCCUCACCUUUGCCUCGUACAACACCUUCCAUCAGAAUAUCUACAGGGACACCUUCAUAGUGACCCUGGGCAAUGCCAUUACCAGCAUCCUGGCAGGGUUUGCCAUCUUCUCCGUUUUGGGAUACAUGUCCCAGGAGCUUGGGGUCCCUGUUAACCAGGUAGCAAAAGCAGGUCCUGGUCUGGCAUUUGUGGUGUACCCCCAGGCCAUGACAAUGCUCCCCCUUUCUCCAUUCUGGUCAUUCCUGUUCUUCUUCAUGCUGUUAACCUUGGGCCUGGACAGCCAGUUUGCAUUCAUGGAGACCAUCGUUACGGCAGUGACAGACGAAUUCCCCUACUACCUGCGGCCAAAGAAAGCUUCCUUCUCAGCUGUCAUCUGCAUCGCCCUCUUCCUGAUGGGGCUCAUCCUCACAACAGAGGGUGGGAUGUACUGGCUGGUCCUCCUGGAUGACUACAGCGCUGGCUUUGGUCUCAUGGUGGUGGUGAUCACUACCUGCCUUGUGGUGACACGUGUCUAUGGCAUGAAGAGGUUCUGCCGAGAUAUCCACAUGAUGCUGGGAUUCAAACCAGGGCCCUACUUCAGAGCCUGCUGGAUGGUCCUAUCCCCGGCAACAAUGAUGGCUCUGCUGGUGUAUAACAUUGUCAAGUAUCAGCCUUCUGAGUAUGGCAACUACCGCUUCCCCACCUGGGCAGAGGUCUUGGGCAUCCUCAUGGGAGUCCUCUCCUGCCUGAUGAUUCCAAUGGGCAUGGUGGUGGCUGUGCUCCAAGAAGAAGGGACGCUGUGGGAGCGAGUCCAGCAAGCCAGCCGGCCGGCCAUGGACUGGGGCCCGUCCCUGGAGGAGAACCGCACCGGCGUGUACGUGGCGAGCCUGGCUGGCAGCCAGUCCCCCAAACCCCUGAUGGUCCACAUGAGGAAAUACGGGGGCAUCACCAGCUACGAGAACACGGCCAUCGAGGUGGACCGGGAGAUGGAGGAGGACGAUGAUGAGGAGUCCAUGAUAUGA